AAAGCUUGGUAUCCCGGAAGAGGAAAGACAUUUCGCUCAGAGAGGAAGAAAAGUCUGUUGACAGAAUAAAAACACUGAGCAGGCCACCGACAGGUUUCAUCAUUAUUUACUGUUUUAUUACAUCUGUUGAGCAUCGUAUUAAAGUGACGAAGAACGAGCUAUCAAGGUAUGGAACAUGGCAGCAAUUGAAACGCAGCUUAUGUUAAGUGUAGGAUUAAUCGAGAAAGAUGUGAAUGGAGAUACACUGUGGGUGUGGUGCUAUCCCUCUGUGGGAUCAGACCUGAGGCAGAUCCUGCUCAGUAAAUGCUGUCUGACGCAUGACAGCCGGGAUUUCCACACCUUUGUGUUUGGUCAGUUCUGGCGUACCUGGUACUACAUCACCACGUCGGAGGUACAGGAACCCACAGCGCUUAACAAGGUCACUCAUUUUUCAAUAGUUGUUACAGCGAAAGACUUCAACCCUGAGAAGUAUUCUGCACUUAGUCGAGUUCUCUGCAGGAUGUACACCAAACAUGGCAGUCCAGUGAAAAUGAUGGAGGCUUAUGUCACCGUCCUUACAAAAGGAAUUUGCCAGAGUGAUGAAAACGGAUCAUUUCUAAUUAAGGAUUAUGAUGUUCGGAAAGCAUACUUAGCUGGUUCAGUCAAAGAUGUGGUGUCUCAGUUUGGUAUGGAGACUAUCAUUCUUUAUACUGCACUCAUGCUGAAAAAGAGGAUCAUAGUCCAUCACCCUCGAAUUGAAGCAUUGCUGGAGUUUACAAGGGUUCUACCCUGUUUGACAUGGCACAGGAAAGACUGGUCCAUCCUGCACCCAUAUGUGCAUCUCUCUGAUAUUGAACUGGAGGAUCUCAAGAAAUGCCCUGGAUAUGUAGCAGGAUUUGUAGAUCCUGAAGUGAGCAACAGAUCGGACUUGUUUGAUGUGUAUGUGAACCUCCCAGACAGUGUCAUCACAGUCUCCCAGGGGGCCAAAGAGUCCAUGGCUAUGGGGAAGUUACAUAAGGACAUUGGCCAUCUUAUUGUUCAGUCUGCAGAGGAUGCUGAGAGGUCGGACAGUCAGGUCAUAAAGGACAUUUCUGUUAAGACUAAAGAGAUCCUUGCCAAUUUGGUGGCUCUGGCUGACGAGUGUGAAGACUCUAAAAUCACAUUGGAAGGUUUAAAGCAGCAUCAUUUCCCUCCAGCGACGGAGAACUUCCUCUUCCAUUUGGCAGCUGCCGAGCAGCUCUUGCGAGUUUAAACCUGUAAUCAGACACAGCACUGCAGGAAGAUGAUAUUGCCACAUCAUGGGCUAUGAUUGCUGUUAUUUACAUCUCGGGAGAGUUUGAGUUUGUUUCUAAAAUGCUUGUGGACACCCUCAUGAUUAACACAACAAUGUGCAGAGGGCACUCUCACAGUGACCUUCAUAUCAGGGAGGAAAGUCUCACUAGCGUCACAUUUUAUAAAGGAUUCUUGUCCGAACACGUUUUACUAAUAGUUUUUCCAACAGAAUUAAAAGACAUAUUUGGCUGGAAUACCUGUGAAAACACUAAUAGAGCAUUAUAGUCACUCUAGAACAGGGGUCUCCAACCUUUCUUCAUCUGAGAGCUACUUUAAAAAAAAUUAAAGUGGCCAAGAGCUACUUGCAUCAAAUCACUUGCAUUUAUUUACACAGCACACAUCAGCUGCAUUAAACUGCUGUUUGUACAUGUGUGAAAUUACAAUAAGCCAAUGUUUAUCAAUAAUCUUAAAUUCACAUCAAGUUUCCAAGUAAAAAACAUAAAUAUUUUACACUUCUUAUUAUGCCACAUAGUAAGCGAUGUUACUGAAAAUUCACAUCAAUGUCCAAGAAAACAUGACUACAUUACACUUUUUUUUAAUGGGCCAAAUAUAUGAAUAGUGGGAAGAGGUGCCUUUACUGUCGUCAGAUCUUUUUAUUUUUGUUUAAUACAGUUGGUCGACCUAAAGGUGAGCUACCGGUAGCUGUUGGAGAGCCCUGCUCUAGAGCCAUUUUUGUUUUUAUCCAAAUUUAAUAAGUCCCAAACACACAAAAAAAUAAAGUGUUGUGUCGUUUUAGUUGAACUAUUCAAAUGAAACUACAUCCUGUAUUUGUGACCUUUUCAGGUCUUCAGGAGGAACCGAUGCCAUUGAGGCCAAACUAACCGUGUUUAUGACGGUUCUUUCAUGUUUUUUUUUCUGUGACAAAAAGAAGGCAUCAUCUGACUUAUCCUUUUACAUUAACAGGUCUAAAAUAUUUGUCUCCAACUUUGUGAAAUUGAGUCAAAUGGGCCAGUGCUUUUAGCUCAUAAAUCUUCAUGUUUUAAAGAUGACAGCUCCCACCCCCUAAGUGCUCACCUUUACUCACCAUUAUUACCAAUCACAAGUCAGGUUCCUGGUCUGAAGUAUUGGAUGCACACUGAAAAGUUAGACAUUGAUUCACAGUUUACUGUUUGUAUAAAUGCAGUAGCAGCUGGAAUGACUUAAUGAGCGAGAUAAUAAAAAUGACGUGUUAUACAGAGGUUGUCAGAUAUCACAUGGGUAAAUCAAAAAGUAAAUUACUUUGUCUUUUUUUUAAAUUUUACUAAUGAAUUUAGAGUUUUGUUAAAUUUGUUGUAAUGAACCGUCUCAAAAUGAGUUUUCUUUUUUUAAAGGUCAUAGGUUCCUCAUCAGUCUUCAACUGAUUACAGAUAGUGAUCAAUGCCCUUGUGCCAACAUUGAUUUAUUCAUUGUGUGUUUAAUGUUAUUGACAGUGUUCUACAGUUUAUUCCCUUUUUAAAGUGACAAAAUGUUUUGUGUCUCAGAUAAGAUACCAAGUGCAAUACAUAGAAAUGCUUAUGUAAUUUUAAAAUGUAAAAGUAUUUUCAUGAAUUGAGGUAAUUAAGAUUUCCAAAAAAAUAGAUAUCUAAUAUUCAAUUUAAUAAAUUUACUAUGAAAGAA